AUGGGACCCAAAAGUGGCUUGAUCCUCACUCUUCUCUGCUGGGCGGUGGGCGAGGUGCCUGCCUACCCACCCUGGGAUUUCUCCUGGGGUGACCCUGCAAGCCGGGGGGCGCGGGCAGACCCCUACUCCUGGUCCUGGGUGGAGGACCCCCAAUCUCAAGCCAUCUCCAGCCGGCAGCCGGUGACGGUGCAGUGCCAGGAGGCUCAGCUGGUGGUGACGGUGCACAGGGACCUCUUUGGCACCGGCCGCUUGGUCAACGCAGCCGACCUGACGCUGGGGCCGGCGGCGUGCAAGCAUUCCUCGCUGAACCCUACCCACAACACCAUCACCUUCACCGCCGGCCUCCACGAGUGCGGCAGCAUCGUGCAGAUCACAACGGAUUCCCUCAUCUACCGCACGCUCCUCAACUACGAUCCCAGCCCCGCCAGCAACCCCGUCAUCAUCCGCAGCAACCCUGCCGUCAUCCCCAUCGAGUGCCACUACCCCAGGAGGGAGAACGUGAGCAGCAACGCCAUCCGGCCCACCUGGGCUCCCUUCAGCUCCACGCUGUCGGCGGAGGAGAGGCUGGUGUUCUCCCUGCGCCUCAUGAACGAGGACUGGAGCGCCGAGAGACCCUUCACCGGUUUCCAACUGGGCGACGUCCUCAACAUCCAAGCGGAGGUGGGCACCGAGAGCCACGUGCCACUGCGGUUGUUCGUGGACAGCUGCGUGGCCGCCCUCAGCCCCGGCACCGACUCCUCACCCCACUACGCCAUCAUCGACUUCAACGGGUGCCUGGUUGAUGGGAGGUCAGAUGACACCAGCUCCGCUUUCAUCACCCCCCGGCCGCGGGAGGACGUGCUGCGCUUCAGGAUCGACGUGUUCAGAUUCGCGGGGGACGCCAGGAACCUGAUCUACAUCACCUGCCACCUGAAGGUGACCCCAGCGGACCAAGCCCCAGACCCCCUGAACAAGGCUUGCUCCUUCAACAAAGCCAGAAACGUGAGUAGCCACCGCAGCGGGACGGGGCACGUCUGCGCAGGGAAGGAGGCUGAAGCCGAUGUGGUCAUUGGCCCCGUGCUCCUCUCGAGGGACCCGGGCGCCGUGGGAGAGCGGCAGGAGGGAGGUCAGGGUGGGGUGACGGUGGCGCCCAGUGUGGAGACGGGGCUGGUCUGCGUGGCAGCCGGCGUGGGGCUGGCCGGGGCGGCGCUGGCCGUCGGCGUGGGGCGCAGGAGGUGCGCCCGUGCCUCGGCGUGA